AUGAGCCGAGAAGUUGCAGGAGAAGAAGAGGGCGUCACUCUGCUGGAAGCGAUCCGGGAUGGAAGGGUCGCCUUGGUGAAUAGCCCACGCCCGUCUUCAGUUGGCACUGGAGGAGUCAGCGUGGUGAGCCUUCGGGCCAAGUUGCAAGCGUUGUAUGACCCUUCGGCGGGGGAAUUCGGAGCGUACCUGAUGCGUAUGGGACGAAUCAUCUCCGCUUUCCAAGCCUUGGACGCAGCUGUUCCGCCGGGUCUGUUAGAGACAGUGACAAGAAAGGCGGAAUUCAUGAUCGAACUGUAUGGUGAGCAUGGGGGUUUGGACAAAGUGAGAGCUGUGCGUUUCUUGCGAGACAAGUUCGUAGCUUACGCGCAGGAUGAGACCUUAGACCCUCGAGAGAGAGACAGUUCGAUCGCCGCGAUCGGUGAGUUGAUUGAACAAUUGGGAGGGAAACCGAGUUCGAGCCCAGGAAAGGUGUAUAGUACUCCGUCUGGAGCGGAGGAAGCAACGGUUCCUGUGGCUCGCGGUCCCGUCAGCGGUCUUCGCGACGUCGGACGCGGCCAACGACCGGCGCCCGGUCCCGCUCCUAGUUCGGGACCAGAACAAGAUGGGGAUUUCUCUCUCAGGGCCAAGCUGGCAGCUCUGGAGAUGGAGCUGGAGGCGAUGAAGCGAGAAAAAGCCGAAUCAAAGGCCGGUUCAGCGUUGGGAUCGGAGCAAGGCUUAGCAGCCGCCUUGGCCCAACAAGAAGGCAGCGCUGGAGGCACAAACAAAGGCGGAGGCAAUCAGUCUGUCACCGCGGUCAAAACAGACCUUCAUUGGCCGACCUUGACAGACGAGCGCUCUGACUUCAAGGAUGUCACCUUGUUCUAUGAGGAGUUCGAGGAUGUGUGCGCCUUAGCGAACUCCUGCCGUGGAAUGAAUGCCCGCGAGAAACUGCUGGCUCUCCGAGCGCGCUGCCGGGGAAGUAGGCUGAAGACCUACCAGAACCUGUACCGGUCCGCCUGGAAGUCCGGAGAGGUCCUGGAAGACCCCGAAGCAGUGUAUGAGCGCAUCAAAUCGAAACAUUUGAUGUUUAGUGAAAGCCGAGAAGAGCGAGAGAUCCGCGUCGAUGCGGAGCAUGUCGCGCUCAUGAAGGGGAAGCUCACUGGUCACCAGUUCGAACCUUUGUUCGAAGCGUCGGUGGCGGAAUUGGAAGCUGUGGGUCUUGGAAAAACGCAGCGAGAGCUUUUCCUCUCCUACUUGAGGAAGCGGCUUUGGGGACACGAAGACAAGCUCCGAGGGCCGCAGACCUGGGAGGAGGCCCAUCGGGUCGUCCUCGAGUAUGAGCAGCGAGAAGCGACUAAGCUAACAAGGCCACCGCCAAUGCCGUGUUCACGACCACCGGCGAGGCCACGCGUCUUGCAGCGGAUCUCGCAAAGAAUCAUUGAAGACCAUUCGAUCCACCUUUAA